UCAUCCACCAGUCCGGGUGGUCUAUUGACAACCCGACGUAGAGGAGGACCCAUCGUAAUACCGUUUAUCUUCUCUCUUCUAAAGCAAUGUAAGGACCUCUGUCUCUCUCUCUCUCUAGCCUUAUCAUCAGACAAUCACAUACCUCUCUAAAAACCUCAUAGUUUCUCUCUCUAAAACCCACCCAUCCAUGGCCCUCCCAUCUCCCCCGAUUUCCUUCCCAUUCCCCGUCUCUCUGAACCCUCCCUCUGCAAAUCGCCUCGCAAUCUCCCCAGCCAUCACAGCAACAAAGGCCCAACAAAGCGAAGAAAGCAGCGGCCCAGAUGAAACCCUAAACCCAACUGAUUCAGAGUCCGGCGACUUCGAUACCCGCCUCUCGCAGGUCCGGCUCCGCUACAGGAGCGGAACCGGCAAGAAAGCCGAGGUUCGAAAGGCCAAGAAGGGAAAGCAAACUUCAAAGAAAGCGGGGGUUUUCCUGCCUCCCGUUCCAUUGAAGGAGGCGGUUUCCGGCGGCUUGAAGGUCGAUUUCGGGUUCACUUCUUACAGCGAGAGGCUCAACGGGUGGCUCGCUUGUCUCGGCCUGGUGGCUCUGGUUUUGGUGGAGCUGGGUUCGGGUCAGGGCUUGUUGAAGUAUCACCCGGGGCCAGUAAUUUUCUUGCAGGUUUACACGGUUGCUGCUGCUUCUGCGUUGUUUGUGAAGUUUGAGAAAGAGAAAAUUGGGGUUUGGCCUGAGAAGAAGGAUGUUAAUGCCUGAAAAACUCUUCUUUCUCUCUCUACAAAAUGGAGGAUAUCUAUCCUUACUGCCUGGAAUUUUGGCAAUUCAUCGUCUCUCUUGUGAGAAUGUAAUAUGGUUUCUCUCUGUAACUCUAUAAACAGAACAUUCUGUUGCCUGAGUC